GUCCCUCUUACAACAGAGAAAAGCGUGAUUAUUAAGAUAAUUGAUGUAAAUGAUAAUGCACCUGAGAUUGAAGUUACUUCAUUUUCCAGCUCAAUACCAGAAGAUUCCAGACCUGGAACUACAGUGGCUCUUAUCAGUGUGAAUGAUUUAGACUCUGGGCCUAAUGGACAGGUUAUUUGUAAUGUAAAUGAGGACGUUCCAUUUAUUUUAUCACCAACGGCACAAGAAAAAAUGUAUUCCCUAGUCACCAAAUUGCCUCUGGACCGAGAAAAACAAUCAAAAUAUAUAAUUACAGUUGUUGCAAAAGAUGCAGGUCAACCUUCACUGUCAUCUGAAAAAACAAUUAAUGUUAUAGUAUCAGACGUGAAUGACAACAGUCCAGAGUUUUCACUAAGUCCAUACACCUUCUAUGUCACAGAAGGCAACAAUCCAGGAGCAUCUGUGUUUUCAGUGACAGCUUUAGAUCAUGAUGAGAAUGACAAUGCUCAAAUAUCUUACUUGAUUGCCAGAGAUGGAGGCGAAGAAAAUAAAGUUACUACAUUUUUAAACAUAAACUCUGAAAAUGGAGAAAUUGUGGCACUGAAAAGUUUCGACUUUGAAACCCUGAAAACUUUCCAGUUCCAAGUUGUGGCCACAGAUUCUGGAACUCCGUCACUCAGCAACAACGUGACAGUCAACGUGUUCAUUCUGGAUCAGAACGACAACGCUCCAGUCAUCCUGUAUCCACUCAGCUCCAACGGCUCUGCUGAAGGUGUGGAGGAAAUUCCCCGCAACGUCAACGCAGGACACCUGGUGACUAAAGUCAGAGCCUAUGACGCUGAUAUAGGAUAUAACGGCUGGCUGUUGUUCUCACUGCAGGAAGUUACUGACCACAGUCUGUUUGGUUUGGACCGCUACACAGGACAGAUCAGGACACUUCGUUCAUUCACAGAGACAGACGAGGCUGAACAUAAGCUGGUCAUCCUGGUCAAAGACAAUGGGAAUGUUUCACUGUCAGCAACAGCCACUGUGAUUGUCAAACUUGUGGAGCCCAAAGAGGCCUUUGCAGCUUCUGAUGUGAAAAGUGCAGCAAAAGUGGAGGAGGAGGACAAUGUUACAUUUUACCUGAUGAUAACUCUGGGAGCUGUGUCUGUACUUUUUCUGGUCAGCAUCAUCAUGCUGAUUGCAAUGCAGUGCUCCAAAUCCACUGACUACACAUCUAAAUAUCUACAAGAGACUAAUUAUGAUGGAACACUGUGUCACAGCAUCCAGUACAGAUCUGGAGAUAAACGAUACAUGUUGGUUGGACCCAGAAUGAGUAUUGGAUCUACUAUAGUUCCUGGCAGCCAUGCAAAUACUCUAGUGUUACCUGACAGGAGACGUGCUUCUGAAGAGGUAAGAUAUAUCAGUUAA